UUUAUAUCUGCAGCUUCAUUACUGUGAUUUUUAACUCAUGAGAAUAAAUAGUCAGUGGCGCCAUCUAGUAGAGAUCUUGAAAAUAAUCGGUACCAAACCAUGUUAAGCACGUGACCUGACAAAUUCAAUGCUUCUAUAAUUGAAACGUGGUACAUGACCUACAUGACGUUUGUGAAACAAACUGGGUGUCAAGUGUCAACUCCCAGUAAAUCACAAUAAACAAUUUGGUUGGAAUUUUUCGUGUCUUCCGAAGGCCGAUAAGUGGUGAAAUUUUGUCGAGCAGGCAUGAAUAUCGUUAGGAUAAAUAAGAAAAAUGUAUUUUACAUAAUAUUUGCACUGCUACUGAGUACUGUCAAAGAGGCACAAAUGGGUGGAAUGGCAGACUUCGUGAAGCAUGAAAGAGAAAAGAGGAACACAAAUUCUACCCUCCAGGAAGAUUGCCCGGCUGAUAAACAAUGCUCAGAAUUAAGCGUGGAAUGCCUCAACUGUACCACAGAUCCGGGGUGCAUCUAUGGCAAGACUAUUACAUCGACGUGUACAGUUCGCAACGAGGUCAAAUGUGUGGGUGAACAAACUUUUAAAAAAGACUACAUUUGCCGCUACUGUUAUCAGACUGAGCACUGGGAGCAUAAAUGCCAUCAAAAAGCUACUUGCAGCUCAGUUGCCUCUCCUCAACAGUUUUAUCGUACAAAUUGCACAGUCAAUGGCGACAUUGUCUGUUUGGGUCACAGAAGAUUCAUGAAAAACUUGCCUUGCAAUUGGAUAGGCGGAUAUAGAUGGUCAACCGCGCUCAUACUGAGUAUUACUUUGGGAGGAUUUGGAGCUGAUAGGUUUUAUUUGGGUCACUGGCAGGAAGGAACGGGAAAGCUGUUCAGCUUUGGGGGUCUUGGAGUUUGGACAUUAAUUGACGUAGUACUUAUUUCCAUGCGUUAUUUGGGUCCUGCCGAUGGUUCGUUGUACAUUUGAAUCACGAAUAGAUUCCAUGAAUUUCAAGAACUCAUGCUUAAAUUCAUCAUCGCCAUGUGGAAUAAUGUUUAAGGAAGAUUUGAUUGUUAAUUUUUAGCUAAGCCAUUUCAUUAUACACUGUAUUGACAUUAUUAUUUAUUAUUAGCAAUAUAUGAUCACAAUUC